GCUACCGAUUCAGUGUUGUAGCGACACUGCGCUCGUUCAACAGGCUAGAGAAGCGAGAGGCGAGAGCUUCGUAUAUUGUGCCGACGCGUUUUGGAAGUUGUGCGAGGCACUUUUAGUGGCGCGAAACUUCCGACGACGCUCAUUUCGAAAGCGCGUAGCCGGCUGAUUAUUUUCGAACGUGACCUGUUUCGUUAGGUUUGUGUCGUUCCUUCGACUUUCUGGUUCAGGGAGGCGAAAAUUUGCAAACGGCUUAAGUGCAAAUGCUGAUAUCCGAGUUCUCCGCGACUCGAGUUGAUUAAUUUAGCCGCGUGAAUAGAGUUUGGAUUCAGUGAAGAGACUAUCCGAGGUAACGCCGCCGUCGCCGCGAAAACGGUUAAAUUCGACAGAAUGCACAUGGAGUAAGUGAUUCCGCCGGAAGCGGAAUUCCUCAACUGCCCCGGGCUGCAACCCCCAAUCAAACGCGGAAAUGGAGGAGAACUACGUGACGUACGCCAACGACGGCAACGUCACCGACGACUACAACUACACCUUGUACAACAAUUCCGAGUACAAAGACGAGGACUAUUUGGCCUACAUAUUCCCCAGGCCGUGGAUGUGGCCGUUGAUAUUCUUUCAUUGCGUCGGUUUCGUCGUCGGCAUCGUGGGCAACUGUCUGGUAUGCGUGGCGGUUUACAGGAAUCACAGCAUGAGAACGGUGACGAACUAUUUCAUUGUUAAUCUGGCGGUGGCCGAUUUUCUCGUCAUACUCUUCUGUCUGCCGCCCUCCGUUGUCUGGGACGUCACAAGCACCUGGUGGUUUGGCACUGCCAUGUGCAAAAUUGUUCUGUACUUACAGAGUGUUUCGGUGACAGUGUCUAUCUUAACGCUGACAUUCAUCUCGAUCGACCGCUGGUAUGCCAUCUGUUUUCCGCUCAAGUUCAAAUCGACCACGGGCCGGGCGAAAACCGCCAUAGGGAUAAUCUGGAUAGUGGCUCUGGCUUGCGAGGUACCGGAAGGCAUGUACUUAACGGCGAAAGCGUAUCCGGAUUUCCCCGACAAGAUCUAUUUCACGCAAUGCCGUCCGACUUGGUCCGACGAAACGGAUACAAUAUUUAUGAUCGUUAAAAUGGCGGUGUUCUAUUUGCUGCCGCUGCUUUUUAUGUCCGUGGCGUAUAUUCAGAUCAUCCGUGUUCUGUGGAAGUCCGGGAAUGUGCCGCAUCAGGCAAUGGACGUCAGCGGCAACCACCGUGGCGGCGGCCCCAUGGUGAACACGUUCGCGAUGAACAUGAACACCAGCACUGAGGGACAGCUCAGGUCGCGUCGGAAGGCCGCCAAGAUGCUCGUCUGCGUCGUCGUCAUGUUCGCCAUCUGCUUCCUGCCGGUGCACUUGCUCUCCGUGCUCAGGUUGACGGUGAAACUGACCAACAGCGAAAUGAAUCAGGCCUUCUCACUGAUCUCACACUGGUUAUGUUAUGCUAACAGCGCUGUUAAUCCGAUCAUAUACAACUUCAUGAGCGGCAAAUUCAGAAAAGAGUUUCACUCGUCGUUCGCCAAGUGCAGCACUCAAGAUCACUCCGAAUUUAACGGCACAAGAAACAGCACUUACAUCUACAGAUACACCACAAAUCAAAGUUGCAGAUCGAGAACCGAAAUAAUUCCCUUGAGCAGUGUACAUUACAAGUCGAAGAAUUAUUAAAUCAAAAGGUCAUGUAAAUGUUGAUGGAUGUUAAUGGAUGAUUAUUUCAAAAGUUUGGACCAAUUCUAACAAAUAAAAUUAAAUCACAACAUAUUUGGCUCAUACUGUGUAAAAAUAUUUUGGAGAUUCAAUAGAAACGUCUUUAGAACAACCUAUUUUUCUAAUUACAAAUGCAGAAAUCUAAUAGUUCCUACAACUUGUUUUUCCUUCUUGAAAGAUAUAUAAGAGAUAUAAUAAAGGAUAUUCAAAAUUGUAAAUUAAGCGUACUUAUGUAGAUAGUAUUGAUGUAUAUUUAUGUAAAAUGCACUGAUAUAUUAAAAUUUUUCCUUUUCAAAGUGUUUGGCUAGAAUGUAAGUCAAUUAUCAUGAUGAAUAAGAAAAUCUACUAAUUAUUUGUAUACAGAGAUGGACAAAGUACUCAAUAGAAGCACUUCAAUCUGUAACUAUUCAAUACACACAAGUACUUUCCAUACAUCAAUUGUAAAAUUUUAGUAUCAGUACUAGAAGUAGAUAAAAAGUAUUUGAAAUAUACAAAUAGUACUUGGAGUUGUAUUAUCAUUUAAACACGACUCUUGCAAAAGUGCUUUUAGAUGAAGUAGUGACCAGCUCUGCUACUAUAUCACAAUGUUGGUCUCAAUUAAGUACUGUACAAACUUUCAUGUUAGACUUAAUUAUUAUUUGAUUAAAGUAAGGCACAACUUAAUUAUAAGUGACAAAGGACUGUGUAGAAAAAGAAGAGAGGAAAAUAUCAUAUUUUUAAGGUUUUGUUGGAUAUGUGGACGGCAAUGGUGAUUUGUAUAACUGUGCAAUAAAAAUAUUUGAUG